AAUAAAGUGAUGACUAAACAUUCAGUAUAGUAAAAUAUAUGUUAGGUUUAUGAUACUGAGAGUUCCUGAUUGCCCAAACUUCCUUGUUGUUACUCAGUCGGUGUGAGGAUGAACCGUGGGAUGGUUCUCUGCCUGCUCUGCUGCCUCCCUUGCUGGGUAUCAGGAUCCAGCGAAGUCCUCUGCUCGGCGGAUAAGAGCACAGCGCCAGUAGGGGGCAGUGUAACCAUGCAGUGCAAACUCCACUUAAAUAGCUCUAAACCCGACGUCCUGCAGGUGACCUGGCGCAAACAGUCGGGGGACUUUGCCGGUACCAUCGCCACCUCCAGCCGGAGCUACGGGCAGAGGUUCCUGGGCGCCUAUUCCCACCGGGAGGUCCGACUCGCAGGAGCAACGCAAGAUCUUUCUGCCAUCACCAUCGGGUCGGUGACCCCGGGGGAUGAGGGCUGUUUCCAGUGCAUAUUCAAUGUGUACCCGGUGGGGGCCAGUGUGGGCAGUGUCUGCUUGGAUGUGAUGGAAGCCAGCAUCUCAUAUCCGAAGAUGGAAAUAAAUCUGGAUUCAAACAGUGACUAUGUUAUCAGCUGCUCAGCGACGGGGAAACCUGCCCCCACAAUCUCCUGGAACCUGACGGGGACCCCAGAGCAGAACCCCCAGGACUACAGCAUCACUCACCCCGACCAGACAGUCACCGUCAUCAGCAACUUCACCCACAGCCCCUCGGGGAGGAGGGAACGGAUCACGUGUGUUGUACAUCACCCCGCUCUCGGCAGCGACAUUGUCCUCUCCAAGGCCAUUGGGGAUCCACACUUCUUUGAAAUGCUAGAACCCUCCUCCAUUACAUCGCCCAUGAUGGUUGGUAUUGUAGCCGCAGUCCUCAUCCUGAUAAUAUUAAUAUUCUGUGUGAGUGUCCGCCUGUGUAUGAAAGAUCACAUCAUCCAUAAGAUUGCUCAGUGUUCUCCUCUCUCCCCCUCC